AUGGCAAAGGUAGAGCUUGACUGCAAGACAUUUAAGGAGAGAAUGGAAAAUAUUAUUCAGGCACUUCCAGAAGACGUGGAUGGGUUAAUGAUUACAUUCGGGGAGAGAGAUAGUACUUUUUCAUACGGAAUCAACUCUGCCAUGUUUUUUUAUCUGUUAGGGUAUGAAUUCCCGGUUACUUCAUUAAUCAUCAGAAGAACUGAAGUAAUUGCUGUUUCAAGCAUAAAAAAGUGCUUUAUACUUGAAAAACUGAAAGACACAGUUAAUAUCAGAACACUAAGCCGGUUGAAGGACAUGUCAAAUCAGCCAGAAAUAAUCAAUAGCAUAAAGGAAGUGACUGGCGAUAAGGUUUUAGGCAUCCUGAGUGAGGACAGAGGGUCUUUUGUGACUGAGUGGGAGAGUAAUUUUAAGACGCAGGACAUAACAAAAAGCAUUGAAAAUGCACUUGUGAAGAAGGAUAGGAAGCAGCAAGAUUUAAUGGAACUGGCUGCACUCUCUGCAACACAGAUGUCCUUGCUUUUAGAGGGGAAGAUUAGACAGAUAUUAAAAACAGACGACAGAGUGAUACACGAGGAGCUGAGUGAACAAAUAGAAGCAGCUCUGGAAGUAGAGAUAAAGAAGCUUCCCAGUGAACUGGACCAGUCCUACAUUGAACUUUGCUUUAAGCCAGUAAUACAGAGUGGAGGGCAGUAUAUGAAAACAAGAACAGCAAAGGGUGAGUUUAUUAAUGCGUAUAACGAACAGCUUCUGUACUUUGACAUAAUCAGUUAUUAUUUAUGGGUUGCAUACAAGGGGCACUGUUCACACAUUGGAAGAACUCUUUUAGUUGAUCCUAAUAAGAAGAGCAGGGAUGUCCUGGCAUAUAAUUUACGAUUCAUGAAAUAUGUUAUUAAAAACAUAGCACCUGGGAAAACACCGAAGCAGAUUAAAGAAGAAACAAUGAAGCGAUUUGAUGAAGUAGUUGAUCCAAAAUAUCACACCGAACUGAUGCAUAAAAUGAAAAUAGAAAUAGGCCCCAGCAUUGGGAUUCGGCCUGAGGAGGGGCUUUCUCCAGAGCUAUUAGAGAAUCUGCCAAUACAGGGCAACUCUGUUUUUAUCGUGUCUGUUGGGUUCUAUGACUUAAUAAAAAUGAUAGAUGAGGAUGACAGAUCUGGCACUAUUCAUCUGGAUAAUGUUGUGAUGAUUGACCAGGGCGUGCCCAGGCUGCUUACACCAUUUAGCAUGAAUGUAAUGGACUAUAUCUUUGAAAAGCCGGUAGAGCAGACAAAAAGAACCCUUUCUGGAAGAAGACUGCGUAACAGAGACAAAGAACUGGAGAGGGCCAAUGAGAUAAAUGAGCAUCAAAAGCAGUUAAUGGACGAGUUGAUUGAAGAGCAGCUAAACUUCUACAAAAUGCAAGAGGCGCCAGAAGAGGAGAUAGUUGAAGAACCUGCCGAAAAGACUAUCUCUUACGAGAAAGAAACUCUUAUACCACGUGGAACUCCUAUUAUAAAGGUGGACAGAAGGGCAUUCAGUGUAAUUAUUCCUGUAUUUGGUGCAGCUGUCCCUUUCCACAUCGAUGUGAUUAAAACCGCAACAAAAACCAUUGAGGAUGGAAUAGGAUACUUGAAAAUAUCUUUCUACCAGCCUGAUAGGGACGUGCCCACCAGCGCAAACAACUUACUGUCUCUGGUUAUAAAGGACACACAAGAGAACGUAAUGACGGCCUGGAAGGAAAUAAAUAACCUCAAGAAAGAAGAAGAGGAAACAGAGGAGGAGAUAGAAGAAGGAGAGCAGGAAGAUCUGCAGGAGAUUGCAGGUAGAGUGGAAACACUACAGAAUGUUUUUAUGCGGUGUGAUCACAGAAUGGGUACAAAAAAGAAUGUGGCAAACACAGUCGAGCUGCACAAAAACGGGCUUCGAUACCACUCAAGGCAGGCAGGAAAUGUAGAUAUCCUCUUCUCUAAGAUAAAGCACAUGUUCUUACAACACGGUGUGGCGGAGUCUCCGAGUCUUCUCCACUUUAAAUUGCACACCCCCAUGACAAUUGCAGAAAAGAAAACCUCUGAUAUACAGUUCUUUAGAGAUUGUGUGGCAAACGCAGUGCAUGAUACCCGGAAAACAAGAAACAGAAUAAUUGGCGAAGAUGCCGAGAUAUACGCAGAAGAAGAGGAGGAGAGAAUCAGAGAAGAAAUUAACGAUGCCUUCCACGACUUUGCCAUGUGCGUUUCUGAAAAGUCCCGUAUCAUUCUGGAAGAGCCCAUAUCUAAAGGAUUCUUUGGUGUCCCGCACAGACAGAGCGUUUUUAUUCAGCCCACCUCAGAGUGCUUGGUGAAUCUAACAGAGUUCCCCUUCUUUGUCCUGCCCUUUAAGGACAUAGAAAUUCUGAACUUUGAAAGAAGAGUUUCUGGUGUUACCACUUCUGAUCUGGUCUUUGUGCUGAAGGAUAAAACAAAAGUGCCUGUUCACGUGCACGGUGUCUCUGCUAUGUCAGUGCCCUGGCUUAUGGACUUCUUUGACUCAAAGAACAUAUGCUUUACUGAGACAAAGGUUAACAUACAGUGGAAUAACGUUUUGAAAAGUGUCCUUGAUGACCCCAUGGCAUUUUACGAGGGAGGUGCCUGGGCAAUUCUGCAACCCAGCAGAGAGGCCGCAAAUGAUGAGAAGAAUGAAGACCCAGAUGACGACGCAGUUGAUCUAAACACAACAGAAGAGUCUGAUGGGGAUGAUGACGAAGAAUUCAUUACAGAUGAAGAUUUAGUAGAAUCGGAUGAGGAGGAGGAAGAAGAAGAUCUAUCCUACAGCAAUGCAAGUGGCUCAGAAGAAGAUAGCUUUGUUGUGUCCGAUGAGAAAGAAGAAUCUGAAGAACUCCCCAGAAAAAAGAAACAAAAAAGAUAAAAAUGUGGUAAUAUGAAAUAAGC